AUGGAGAAGAAAGUGAAGAGUAUUCUCUUGGCCAACGGCAGUAAUCCCUUGAGAAAGAGCGAGAUUAUCAAUGAAUACAAAGUAACCUGCAAGCGGAAUCUGGCAGAAGAUGUAAAAGCAGCAGGGUUUAAGGACACGAAUGCCUUUUUCGAACAGUAUUUCUCUGUGGAUCAAAACAAUUUUGUUGGAUUAAAGCCAUCAGAAGACGACUCAGCCGCCAAAGUUAAACAUAUUACUGAAUUACUGCUUAACAAGUAAGUCAGGUCUCUAGGGAUACGUAGUUUAAUUUUAGAAAGCCAAAAGAGAACUAUGAUGGUUUUGGCCGAAAUAAGAGACCGCAAUCCACUCAGUCGAUACCCCAAAGAAGGCCGGAGAAUUUACCUAGAAGAAAAAAGAGCCCUCCCUCCGGGUUCAGUUCCAAUCUGGUGCCAUUGGGUGGCGGAUCAGGAAGUGUGUUCAAGAAGGCUAACGAAAAUGCCAGGGACUUCUUCGCACCAAACGAACCUCAACCUUCUUCUUCGCAGCCUUCCAGAUACACAGAUCACACUGCUGAUCAAUUUUUCUAUGAAGAGGAUCUGGAUGAUGACUUCAGUGUGUUGGCCGUCGAUGAUGUGUCCGAGGUAAAUCAAUCGGAAGGGCGGCCUGACUCCAGAGACACUUCCAUGUCAAUGUUGGAUGACCGGCAACUGAAUGAAGAAACGGAAAGUAAAAGCAGUUUUAUAGAGAUAAAACAGAACACUGCUGAAAUAUACCUUCGGAUAUUCGAGGAUUUCCUUAAUGCUGUGUUGGAAAAGGCUAGGACUAAUGAAGGAUUGAGUCGAGAGACCUUGUACUGUCUAACGAAAGAAUUUGGCAUUUCUGAAGUCAUCAAUUGGGACAACAUUGAUGCUACACUCGCUUAUUUCAAAGAAGCUCAGACAACGAAAGAAGCUGGAGUCAUCUUUAUUGAAGAAGAAAGUGAGGUGAGGGCUCCGUUAUAUUAAUUUUCUUGUUUAGUCAAACUUUGUCAGUGCUGUGGAAAAAUUGGGAAUGAUUAAUCCGGCAGAGGAUCUGAGUGCCAGAGAAGAAGAAUGCGUGAUCUGUGAAAGGAAUGCCGACUUUGCCGUUCUUCAACCCAUCAAAUGGGCCAAGCAAUGGGCCUCCUUCAAUCGGGAACUCUUCCAAUAUUUGUGUUACACAAAACCAACCAAGGCCACCUUCAUUCAGACCGGACAUCAUUACUUGUGCGCCAACUCGGAUCAAACAUAUUUCAGAGGCCAAGUGUUAUCAGUAGAUCCGAACGGAAAUUGUCGAGUUCUUGGUAUUGAUCUGGGCAAAGAUGAAGUCAUCGCUGCCGAUAGUAUCUUCCAAAUGCCUGCCCAUUUCUACAACUUCCAUCCAAUGGUUGUGUUUUUUCGACCUGACACUCCUAUGAGAGCCAAUGGGACUGCCCUAGUCAACUUCCAACGAUAUGAAUACAUCAAAGAUAGACAAGUUUACUAUGGGGACUUCAUUCAUCUGCAUUAA